CUGGCCUGGCCCAGCCUGUGAAGACUCUUCUCUGACACCACAAGGCUGUCCUGACUCAGCUCCACUCCAGCUGGGCCCAGAUGGUCACUAGCUGCUCCUGAACAUCUGUCCACCGGGCUUCUGAGGGCCAGGCUUGUCUGCUGGCUCCCUGGGGCCCAUGGAGACCUGGUGGAAAGGCUCCUUCCACAACACCUCCUUCUUCAAGCGGCUGAGCCUAAGGCGGCCGAGGCGACCACGGCAACAGAGCAGUGUGCCCAGCCAGGCCAGCACAGCUGGUGGUGACCAUGAGGAAUACAGCAACCGAGAGGUCAUCCGGGAGCUGCGAGGGAGGCCAGACAGCCGGCGCCUCCCACUGUUGGGGGACGAGCAGCCCCGGGCCACGCUGCAGGCCCCACCCAAGCCCCCGCGCCUUUACCGAGAGACCUCCAGCUGCCCCAACAUCCCGGAGCCCCCAGCCUCCUACACUGCUGCCUACCCUGCUACCCUGCCCUCGGCCCUCUCGCUGGCAGGCGCCCUCCACCAGUACUCGGAGGAGGGCCCUCUGGACACUGCCCCCUUCCAGGAGACGCCUGCCCCGGACCUCAGUGACCCCUUCUUCUCCUUCAAAGUGGACCUGGGGAUUUCACUUCUCGAGGAAGUUCUACAGAUUCUGAGGGAGCAAUUGCCCAGUGAAGCCAGCUUCUGAAUGAGGAUGGGAAGAGGUGGGUGACCGUAACAGCUGGAAGCCUGGGGCCCAGGGGGUACAGUGGUGGACUGCGGAGAAGCUGGGGACAGGACCCCAGGCUCUGCCUGCCCUCUGGGCCCUGAAGAGUCACCCCAGAGUAGGGGGACAGAGGCGCAGAGGCAAGCUGGCAGGAACACUGAAGGA